AUUUAAGUGAAGGCAGACCGUAGUGACCUGCUAGGUUCUCUUUCUUUCCUGCAUACUGCAUAGGCAAGAUGGCAGUGAGGCCGCCCAGCUACUCUAACCCUGAUCCUCAUGCGGUCGCCAUUAUCGGCCUCUCUAUCUCUGCGCCUGGUGGUGAGGCGCGCGGACUUGAUACCGAAGCAUUCUAUGAAUUCCUCAAGAGUCGUGGCUCUGGCAUUAUAACCGUGCCUGCUGACCGCUGGAAUGCCGAAGCCUACCAUGGCACGGGCCCAGGCAGGAUUUGCACCACCAAGGGUGGAUUUAUCCCCGAGUUCUCGACCGGCGAUCUUCAAGAAUUUGGCAUCACUCCUGCGGAGGCUACUCAAGUUGCCGUCACCCAGCUUGUUUCGCUUCAUCAAGCGUUCAAUGCCUUGCAACGCAGUGGUGUCGACUACCGCGGCACAAACACCGGCGUGUACGUUGGGUGUGCUGGCGGAGGCGCGCCUUUCGAGAUGGACAUUACCCAAGCUGGAGCCUACUAUAUGACGGGCACAUCGCUCUCCAUCACUGCAAACCGCAUCAACUACGUGUUCGACCUUCUGGGACCGUCUCUCCCUGUGGAUACCGCGUGCUCUUCAAGCUUGACUGCUAUGCAUCUGGCAAUGCAGGCGAUCAGGAACGGAGAGUGCGACCAAGCCGUUGUCGCUGGUCUCAACUACGUCAUGACUCCUCUCGAGACAUCAUCCUUUAGCCAACUUGGCGUUCUCAGUCCGGAUGGCAUCUCCAAGUCUUUCGAUGACGGUGCUAACGGUUACGCCCGCGGUGACGUCGCCAGCGCGGUAGUGAUCAAGCGGCACGACCUUGCUGUGAGGGAUAGGGAUCACAUUUUUGCAGCUCUUGUCGGCUCGGCGUUAACCUCCUGCGGUUCCAUAAUGGGUUCACUCACGACGCCCAGCCCAGAAGCCCAAGCACAGGCUAUCCGCAACGCAUACCAAGAUGCUGGCCUCAAGCCCUACCAAGCCGACUACGUUGAACUUCACGGAACUGGCACCGUCGUCGGAGACUCCCUCGAGGCCAACGCGGCCGGAGCUUUGUUCUCAGAAGGGAGGGGAGGACGUGAGAUUGUGAUUGGAUCGGUCAAGAGCAAUGUCGGCCAUGGAGAGAUGGGUGCUUAUAUGAGCUCCCUAGUCAAGGUCGUAAUGAUGCUCGAUAAGAGGCAGAUCCUACCGAACGGUUACUUCCAAAAGCCAUCAUCAAAGAUCGAUUUCGAGAAGUACAACCUGCGCGUGCCUGUCGAAGUGGAGGAUCUGGUCGCUCACGAUUUUGAACAAGGAAUCAUUGUGUCGAUCUCUAGCUUCGGCUUCGGUGGUUCGUGCGGUCACACUGUGCUACGCGAACACGAGCGAUACCCUGAGCACCCCGAUACUGAGACUCUCAAGGAUGGGCCUUUCCUCUUUGCCAUUGGUGCACUUUCACCAAAGUCUGUACGAACGCUAGAGCAGCGCUACAGAGAGCAGUGUGCGCAACGAACUCCGCUUGCAUUAUGCACUCAUCUCGGCAACCGUGCACGACAGAUGCCAUGGAGAAGCUAUGCCAUUGCCGACUCUCUGGAGAGCGCUACGUUCCCAGACCCGGUACUCGUAGGGAAACGCCCAAACCCCCUCGUGUUAUGCUUCUCUGGCCAAGGGCCACAGCACUGGCAGCAAGGACGGGACCUCAUGACCAUGUAUUCAGUCUUUCGCGAGAGUAUCUAUGCUUGUAAUCGGGUUCACACAGCAUACACUGGCAACUCGUUCUUGGAGGAGACUGGAUUAUUUAUCGCAGAUGCUCCAGUAUCGUCUCCCCUUGCCAAGAGCUUAACUUGGCCAGCGAACGUCAUCUCAGUCGCCAUUACAUUCUUCCAGAUCGCCAUGUUCGACCUUCUUACCUCUCUCGGUAUCAAGCCAAACGCUAUGCUGGGGCACUCUAUCGGCGAAACCGCCGUUCUAUAUGCCUCUGGGGCCAUGCCUCGUGAGAUGGUCGUGGAGAUUGCCAUCGCUCGUGGACGUGCUCUUUCUAUGGUCGACAACACUGGUGGCGGCAUGGUCGCAAUCUCUGGCUGCGACGCCGACGCUGUGCGUGACUAUGUCGAUGCCGCAUCCUCUCUUGCCAAUCUGAGCAAGGAGGAAGCAAGCAAGCUCUAUAUGGCUGCUUUUAAUAGUCCUACGGACAUCGGCGUUUCUGGAUCAGAACUCCUUGUCGAUCUUCUGACGAAGUACAUCGAAACUUGGGUGGAUGGAGUUGUCGCGCGCAAGUUGCGCGUGAGUACGGCAGUGCAUUCGCCUUUCGUGGACCCCUGUGAAGAUGUGUAUCGCGCGGAGCUCGCCACGAUCUUCUCUCGUUACACGGGACCAUUCGUUCCUGUCAUUUCCACCAUGUCCACGGUUACUGCUGAAUUCAAGACCGAUGGUUAUACCAUUGACUACCUCUGGCGCAAUCUAAGACAGCCUGUUCUGUUUUCGUCCGUUAUUCCUCUACUCGUGAACAAAUUCGGCGAGAAUACCACAUUCGUUGAGAUCUCACCUCAUCCAGUCCUCUCUCAAUACAUCAAGAAGAUGGGAGCUUUCGAUUCGUUGGCUACGGCCACACGUCCUCCAUCGGCGCGGCACUUGAAGCCCGGAGCUAAACGUCCAAAAGAGAAUCAGACCCUUCUACAGGCUAUGGGGCAAUUGCUGCUUUAUGGCGUCAACUCGAUCAAUUUCUCUAUCCUCAAUGGUUGCCCCUCGGACUCGUUCGAAGGUCCUGCUUAUCCAUUCAAUAUGAGAUUCUACCCAUUCGCUGCGCGAGAAGCGUCGUAUCUUCGCCGUUUGCUCCCAGCCACUCGCCCUCUGAACUCUACUCGCCUCCGAGUCUGUCCUCAGCUGCCAGAACCAUGGAUGUCACAUCAUGUCAUCGACCACUCUAACCUGAUCCCUGCUGCCGCGUACAUCGAGAUGGCCCUCGAGUUCCCUGGCGUUACCCAGGUCUGGGAUUGUCGCUUCGAAGCGGCUUGUAUCUUGGAGGAGGGCGUUCCGCCGGUCACCUUAGAGGUGGCGAAGGAUGGUAUUAAUUGGUGGGUGAAGUCUUCAUCCUCUUUGCAGACUAUGCAGGGAGACCUGGAAUGGACUCGUGCCACACCUGAAUUCGACACCGUCCAUGCGCACGGAAAGCUUGGAUAUGGAGUGCCCGAUCUGAGCAUAGGAGGGUUCAAGAGAGUUGACGUCGCUGCAGUCCUUGCGCGAUGUACUUCUACUCAUCAGCAUGAGGAGUUGUACGCGGAACUGGAAGGUAUCGCUCAAUUUGGGUCCGAAUUCAUGCGGGUACAGAGGGCGGCCAUAAACGAGAACGAGGCCAUUUGCUGGAUCAAGGGUCACGCUGAUGGAUUAAAUAAGACUGACUAUGUCUUCCAUCCGGCCUUGAUGGAUGCGGUCUUCCAGUCCGCGAUAAGCUGGAAUAUGCUGUAUGACAAGAUUAACGUCGGCGGCAAAGAGCGGUCCUUCUUGCUACCGCACUCCUUACGGAGAGCCUACCGCGUUGACGGCCGUACCGAACCUAUUGUACUCCCGGAAGAGUUCAGAACGUAUUCCGUUCUCCUUGACUGGUCAGCCCAUCACUGGACGUUCGAUGCCUACGUUCUAGAUGAGGAUGACUCUGUGAUCAUUGCUUUUGAAGGCCUUCACUUCACACUCGUUAGCCAAGAUGAUCAAUGGCCUACGGAACGAUACAUGAUGUACUGGCAACCGCGAGCUCUUCCCACCACAGAGCAUGAGGGGAUGCUGGUACUGGACAGAGCUGCUGAUGAUACUGAUUCGGUGCAUAUACUGUGCCUUCUGGACCAAUUGGCUCUGAAGUACACCCACGAAACCUUAAGCACGUUGCCGGAAGACACCAAGCUGGCAUCGUCAGAUCGUGUGCGGUAUCUCGCGUGGGCUAAAGGGCAGGUGCAGAAGGCUGUACUUGGCGCUGUUCCCGAGAUCGGUCCAGCCCUCCGCGACAAAUACGCCAGUCUUCUGGAGCUCACCGAGCGCGUUGGGAAAGGGCAGAAAGAAAUUAUGCAAGCCUCUACUGCAGCCGUUGAACUCUUGUUCCGCGACGACAUCAUGAGCAAGGUCUAUGAGCACCCUCCUUUCGUCGGUUGCAUAUUCGAUAAGACAGUGGAACAGUUCAUUGAGCUUGUGAAGGAAGCUGUGUCGGCGGGCAAGCGCGUCGUGCGGAUUCUGGAAGUCGGUGCUGGUACUGGAAGGUUCACCGCUCUGCUUGGUCAAGCCAUGGUGGAUGCGAAACUCGAUCAACAGUGCUACGUCGAUUAUGUCAGCACGGACAUAUCGAUUUCGCUUGCCCAGGAGUCGACUGCCAAAUCGCCGUGGCUUACGAUGACCCCGAUGGCGUUUGACCUCAGCGUGCCUAUCGAGCAACAGAAUCUCGAUCCUGCGAGCUUCGACAUCGUCGUGGCUUUCGAUGUCCUUCAUGCCAUUCCUAACAUCCACGAGACACUGGUGCGGCUUCAUGAGCUGCUCCUGCCCGGUGGCCAUCUAGCAGUAAUUGAACUCGAUGGCAACUCUUUCGCUAACGGCGCCGUUGGUACCAUAUGGAUGGAUUUCAUCUUCGGCUCAUUCGCUGAAUGGAUGGGCGUGCUGGAUCAGCGCCCGGGAGCGACUCAUUGCUCGCUGUCUCCAGCAGAAUGGAAAUCAGCUCUCCAAGCAGCUGGUUUCGCGGACACGCUUCUUGUGACGUCUUCUGGUCGCUCUGUUUCUCAUAUGGCAUUUAUCACGCAAGGCUCGCUUUCUCCGACUUCAACUUCCUCAUCUCCCCUGCGUACUCCUUCUCCAGGUCCGACGACGCCAUUGAACCCUGAUGUGGUCCCGAAUGUCGUGAAGGUUCUGAGCGGCUCGUCACCCGAUCUCACCGACGUCCUCGGACGGAGCAGCAUCGACGAUAUGUUUUCCAAGCAAGAUGUCAUCGAGAUCUCUACACCAGCGCCUCCUAUUGAAAUCGUCUUGGGGCAUGACCUCACUGUCGUUCGGCGCUUCACGGCGGGUGAUGAAGUCUCUCUCGUUCAAUUCCUCUCAGAAUUGGAUGCAACCAAACACUAUGUGAUUUGGCUAUACACGGACAUGGAGGAAAGCAACCUCAGCCUCAUUGGAAUUGCCCGAUCCAUUCGCCACGAGUUUAGUUUAUGGAAGAUCAUGAUGGCUUUGUUCCACCCGUCAUGGGAUGCCGUCCAGCAGGAGGACUUCGUGUACGGCAAGCUUGUGCCUUUGAAAUGGAUUGACGCGGAAGUCAUGGUGGACGAGAGCGGAAACUUGCAUGUUCCGCGCGUUGUCAGUGCUCCUUCUCCCCCUCACGUCGAGCCGCGCGAGGAUAAGGCUCUGGCAUUUGAUGAGUCUCGAAUCUGGCGAGUUUAUCCUGAGCCGUUGGGUCCGGACGACGUCGAAGUAACAGUUGCAUUUACGAGCCUCUCGCCAGCUUUCCCCGACUGUUCCGAGUUUUCUGGCAAAGUCAGCGCCGUUGGGUCUGGUGUACCUGUUGAGAUGAUUGGAAGAAGGGUAUUCGGUGUUGCGGCGAGUCGCCAAGGAAAUGUGAUCGUAUGCAGCCGCUCGCAGGUAACAGAGGUCCCAGAUGGUAUGCAUGCAUCAACAGCUGCUGCAAUUGCCGGCCGUCUAUUUUUCGUGUCCUCAGUGGUCACUAAGGCACUCGCGUUUUGUGGUGUUCGGUCACCACGCAUACUGUUGCACGCCGGUGUCUCCUCUCCCGCUGCCGUGGCGACCUACCUUUACCUCAAGGCGCGGGGCCUCGAUGUCUUUGUCACAGUAACGGAACCCAGUACGUUCCCAGUUUCCCCAAGCUCCUCCCCAGCCGUGCCCAUCUUCUCUACCACUCCACUCGAUAUCUGGUCUUUCCGAGUACGCGAAUGGGCGAAGAAAGGCGUCGACGUCACGUUCAAUUUCGACGGCGACCCAAGUGUAGCCAAGGAGACUCUCAGCCUCCUAUCACGGAGAGGCACCCUCGUGCAAAUCGGUGGAGAAUUACCACACCGCAUCCAGCGCGGUCACCAACUCGUCCUGGUCGACUACCCAACAUUGCUUGACGAAGAAGACAUUGCAGAGUCUGCACUAGAAUCCAUUCAGCCCCCUGUCCGCUCCCUUAUCGCACCAUCGGUGCAUAUUUUCGAGCUGAGUCAACUCGCAGUUGCUCAAGCAAAAAUCCGGUCUCAGUCCACCAUUGAUACUGCUGUAUUGGUGGAUUUGCAAGAUCUCAAUCCGAAACUUCCCAUCUUGCGUGGUGGCAUCAUCAAGGGCACGGCCGCUUUUGAUCCUCGAGCUUCAUAUGUCGUGAUCGGCGGCGUCGGCGGUCUUGGAGCCAAUAUCGCGCGUUGUCUUGUAGAGAAUGGAGCUAGACAUGUUAUUUUAACAUCACGUUCUGGCGAGAAUACUUUCAAGGCCGGCCGCCUUAUCCGCGAGAAGAAAAUUAUCACAUACCUGCGAAAUAUCCCUGGCGUGGUGAUAGACAUCCUCGCAGUAGAUUGUCUCGAUGUGGAGAAGACCAAGGCUGUCUUCGCCAACUCGUCUCGUAGGAUCGCUGGGGUUUUCUAUGUCGCCGUCCGCCUUAAUGAUCAGCUUUUCACCAAUCUCACCACGGAGGAGGACUGGAAGACUGUGUACGACGUAAAGGUGAAGGGCUUGAAGGUGCUGCUUGAGGCCGUCAAUCCCAGUACUCUCGACUUCCUCGUCUUGACCAGUUCCAUGGCCACAGUCAGCGGUUCUCCAGGUCAGGCGAAUUAUGCGGCAGCACAGACGGAGAUGGAAGAAAUUGGUGCUCACCUUCCCAAUACCGUUUCAAUCACAGUUCCACCGAUCACGGAUGGUGGUGUAUUUGUGCGAAGUAUGCCUCCUGGCAAUGCCCGAAAUGCCGCCCUUGACAAGUAUAAAGCCCUGGGAAUGUCUGGAAUGCUUGUUGCAGAGCAUUGUGUCGACGCAAUCUGGACGUUGAACACCAGCGCAGCCAAUGCAGUGUACAUUCCCUCGAUGAAUUGGAAGAAGGUCGUGGAGAUUGGUAUUCCUGAGUAUCAUCUUGCAUCGUUGCGUCACCUCUUGGUGAAGGAGAACGCAGAUGUUUCUGUUGCUAAUGCAUCGAACGAGCAAACGAUCCGUGCAGCUUGUGCCAUGGUUCUCUCUUUGAACACUGAAGACGUUGAAGAGAACAUUCCUCUUUCAAGCUACGGCCUUGACUCGUUGACCUCCGUCCGUCUCAGUGGCAUCCUUAAACAGUACUUCGAUGUUACUGUUACUCAACUUCAGCUGCUCAGCUCAUACAUGACUGUGGAGAAGUUGCAGGCGAUGCAAGAGGAACAACGCCUCGCAUCUGCAUCGGAGGCACAAAAUGCCGGAGCUUCAGAUGCUAAGUUUGACGCCACCGGCCAAUCUAAUCUCGAAAAUGAUAUGGACAAGACCAUCGUGCGCCUCAACAACGUGAAUGAAGGACGACCUUUCUUCAUCCUGCAUGGUGCUGGUGGUGGCGUCCUGGUGCUGCAGAAAGUUGCCCAGAAGGUGAACUGCCCUGUGUACGGUGUACAAGAUACGCCCGAAGCUCCGAUUACGGGUACCCUUGAUCGCCUUUCUCGCUUCUACCUUUCUAAGAUUCAGGAGAAGCAACCGCAUGGACCGUACCGUAUUGGCGGUUUCUCAUUCGGAACCUGUCUUGCGGUCCGAAUUGCGCAGAUGCUACUCGAUGAGGGCGAAGAGACUGAGCUGCUAGUCUUGCUGGACGGGACUCCGACGCUUUUCCACAGGCCUAAUUUCCAGGUCUACACCAAGGAUAGGAUUGCCCAGGGUACGCUGCGUGAAGACAUCAUGGAGGUCAUUGCCGACAUGUCCCAAAGUGGCUCUCUGGACGGUGCAAACGAGAUUACGUACCAAUUCUCGGAUCACUUCAGCAAGGUGUCCUCAGGCGGGUCCGGUCCUAAAUGGGUUGCACGCUUCUGCAGGGCCUACGUCGCUCAUGUGCUUAUGGGUGUCCGUGCAAGCAUGGAUGUGAACAAGCGCGAGGCAGACGGUUCGCUGUUCACCGAGGUCUGGCCGUCCAAACGGACAGUGCUCGUUCGCGCCGAGCAAGGUGUCUCCGCCCAGUCGUACGCGGAAGGCGCGUCGAAACUGUUAGACCUCGAGAUCUGGACGUCGGAUGUCGAGCUACACGAGUUGCCUGGCACUCACUUCGGUAUCCUCAAUCCCGACUCUGGGUUGGCUGAGAUCCUGAACGGCAUUGUGGCAUGAGAAAUCCGGGGAGGAAGCGGUGACCGUAUCGAGGAUGCCAGCUUAUAUUUAUCAGUAUCGUGUGUUGCCGUGUCUAUCAUCAUAUUGUCGAGCGUUUGACCGUUUGCAUACUAUACCUUCUCCGUUGUUGGUGUUAGAAUGUUGUCU